CACCUUCUGGAAAUCUUCCGUUUGUCUCAACCUUUUGUUUACUUUCUCUCAUUCCAAAUAAGAAUUCAGCACCAAUUGGACUCCACAUAACCUCGGCCGCCAAUUUGUGAUUGGACAUACCACAAGUGAUCCCUCAUCGGCAGUGACACCCUCACUUGUCUGUCUUGACUCAACACUCCAUCACCACCACCACCAUCAAAAUCACCAAGGCAGGAGACCCUCCUGUCACCAACCAUGGCCCCGGAACUCUCCUCCAACUGGAAGAAGUUGCAAGAAAAGCUCAAGGCCCCUCAACCAACCAAAUCAGCUCCCAUCAGCCAAGAAGCCGCUUUCAAGCAAGCCAUUUCCAAAAAGUCCAUUUCCUCCGAAACCCUCAAGCGCAAGGCCGAGGAGAGUCAACAACAGCAACAAGCCUCCAACCCUUCCAAGAAGCCAAAAAGACAAAAGUCCCAAACCCAGUCUCAACCCAGCAGCCAAAAACCAACAGAAGAAAAAAUGGGCGGCAACGUCCAAUCCAAGCCCACCACCUCCUCCUCCCCAAACAGCACCCUCCCCUCCCUCCACCUCUGGGCCGACGAACAAGGCAUCUCCUCUGAAUCCCUCGCCGAAGCGUACAACCUUGGCCUCCGCGGCACCUCUUCUUCCUCUUCUUCUUCACACAUCCCUCUCCUCUCCACCCUCCCCCCCGCCAUCCCCAACGCAGGCCUCACCCUCCCCGGCCAUUCUUCUUCUUCCCCUAAAAGCAACAAAAAUGGCCUCCCCUUACCAACCGACCUUCCCUCAUCCCUCACCCUCUCCAACGGUCUCACACUCGACACUUCCACCACCACCGACCUCGCACUAAUCCUGCAAGCAACCAAGUCCAACACGCUCGGCAAAUACCUCUCCAUCGACUGCGAAAUGGUCGGCACCGGUCCCUCGGGCGCCACCAGUGUCCUCGCUCGAUGCUCCAUCGUCGACUUCCACGGACACCAAAUUUACGACUCGUACGUUCGCCCCACUGCUUUCGUGACCGACUGGCGCACGCAUGUAUCAGGCAUUUCCAAGCGCCACAUGGCGUCCGCACGAUCGUUCGAGUCCGUACAAGCAACUGUGGCUGCCCUUUUGAAAGGUCGGAUAUUGGUGGGUCAUGAUGUCAAGCAUGAUUUGGAGGUGUUGGGGUUUGAGCAUCCGCAUCGGGAUAUUAGGGAUACGGCCAAGUACAGUGGGUUUCGAAAGUAUGGACAUGGGCCGAAGCCGAGUUUAAGGGUGUUGGCCAAGGAGGUUUUGGGCAUCGAGAUUCAUCAGGGACAGCAUAGUAGUGUGGAGGAUGCGAGGGUAGCCAUGCUGUUGUUUAGGAAGGAGAAGCAUGGGUUUGAUAUGGAGAAUAGUAAUCGGUAUGAGGAGGGGCAGGCGAAGAAAGGAGGUAAUGGUGGUGGUGGUGGAGGAGGAAAGAAGAAGAAGGGCAAGAAGUGAAGAGAUGGAAGGAGGGAGGAGUCUAUUAGGUCUAAGGUGCCUAUCCGCCUUUACCUGGAUAUCAUGUUUGCAUCCCCAGAUUUUCUUGUAAAGCCAAAUCUAUCUUGUCCUUGACAUCGAUCGUCGUUUUCUUGCUUCGCAUACAAUCCGAGUGAAACUAGCAAACGGACGCCUAAAACUCACAAGAUGCCAUGCCGCGGUCUAUAUGUUGCUGCCCGAAACCAUCUCUAACAAUCACCAACAUCCGCCCUUUCCUUACUGGCCAUGAUCACCAUAAUGCUUUGCUGCACACGAAACUGGAGGCAAAAUCAUCUUCACUGCGUUCCUCAGUAAUGAUCACAAGGGAAUACCCUCCAUCAGCUCAAGCGCACCCUCCCUGCCAACUGUGAUAAUCACAUCGCCCAACGUCUUGGUCAGGAAACCGGCCUCACUAUACGAAAAGUAGUACUGGACCAUGUGUCAGCUUCGUCAACUCCAAUCACCGGAAGAAUAACUCACCUCCCACUUCCGCUUAAACACUUCAACGUCUGUCUCCGUCAAGCUAGGAUGCUCCACCAUUAAGGCCGGCACGAUCACGCUGUCAAACC